CUGAUCGGAACUAUUAAAGUGUAACACAUAAACACUCGCAUGGUUCUGAAGUAUGAGCAUCUCACAAUAACAUUGGGUUUUAAAGAAAGAUGAGUCUUUCACCCCUGUAUCAAUAUAAAAUGCAUUUAUAUGUUAUCGAAGCCAUCGCUUGAAAGAAGUUGCAGAAUGAUCGCGUGUUUCCGAUUGACUAACAGUUAACUAACUGCAAGUCGCCUUAAUCUUGCUUGUACAUUUUUGCUGUUAUGGCUUGUAAUGAUGACUGGCAGAUGCCAGGACGUCGUAAAGGCGCUGGCCGAAAAGGAAAACACUCCUCCAAUACAAAAACAGACUCUCAUCGAGUCUCUGACUGCCAGGUGGAUACGCAAAGGAUAAUAAACGCAAUGAAUGAGCUCAGAGGAGAAAACUUCUGGCUGGAAUGGAAAGAUCUCCUAUCAAAGCGUCUUCUGUCCAGUGCUUCAGUAUCCACAGAGAAUGAAGCUGUGUCUCUUCGGCACUGUGUGUGUUAUGGUUUGGGUAACUUUGGCUCCUGUGUAUCUGCCCGAUACCAGCUUGCAAUGUUGUUACUGCUUCUAGAGACACUUCAGAUUCCUGUGGACAGCUGUUGUGUGUAUGACCCUGUGUUUACUGUGUCCGAGUGCAAUGCUCUCAGAGAGCUCGGCUUCAUUGUGUUGACUGAAAAUGAGGAGGGAAAACGGGCAGUGUGUCAGCCUACCCUGUUUUACCUGAUGCAUUGUGGGAAGGCUUUGUAUAACAACUUGCUGUGGAAAAACUGGACGCCUCAGACUUUGCCAAGGAUUGUUAUUAUUGGCAACAGUUUUCUUGGUAUUCAAGAGAGAAUGUUACAGAGAGAGUUUGAACGAGAUUACAGCUUCCUUUCAAAUGUGAUCCGUGUGUGUGAGGAGACGUCUCUGCCAUGUUCACAACGAUUUCUGGAUGUGUUUAAUGACACGGCACUCAUUCAAUUCCCUUCUGAGAAUCUCAACAGACUUGUGGAUUCAUUGUGGACCGAAUCUUCAGAACCACUGUACCAACACUGUAAAGACCUUGAGAUCAUCCAGAGAGAAAAACACUGCUGAGAAAUAUUAAUAAAUGUGAUAAUGUUGGGGUUUUGGUAAAUAUUACUGUACAUUAUUUCCAGUUUUCUUAUGAUUUUUAUUAAAACAGUUGAUACAAGAAAACUUUUUUUAUUUUCUUAAUAGGAUUUGUUUUCUUUGGACGUCUUUUGUACACUGCAAAAAAAUGAUUUUCAAGAAAAAUUUCUUAGUGUAUUUGUCUUGUUUUUUAGUAAAAAUAUCAAAAAAUUCUUAAAUAAAGAUGCUUUUUCUUGAUGAGCAAAACAACCCAAGAAAAUAAGUCUAGUUUUUAGACCAAAAAUAUCAAAUUUAAGUGAUUUUGUUCAUAAAAUAAGCAAAAAAUCUGCCAAUGGGGUAAGCAAAUUUUUCUUGAAUUUAGUGUUUAAGAAAAAUGUUCAAGAUUUUUUUGCUUACCCCAUUGGCAGAUUUGUUUGCUUGUUUUAUGCACAAAAUCAAUUAAAUUUGAUAUAUUUGGUCUAAAAACUAGACUUAUUUUCUUGGGUCGUUUUGCUCAUCAAGAAAAAGCAUCUUGAUUUAAGAAUUUUUAGAUAUUUUUACUGAAAACAAGACAAAAAACUAAGAAUUUUUUUUCUUGAAAAUCAUUUUUUGCAGUGUAUGGUCUUACCUUGUAUACUUUUAUGACCAUACAAGGCUGUGUGAGUGGGGCAAAUAUUAAAGUCGCAAUUAAAUUUUAAUAAAAAACGUAAUUUGUUUUGGAA